CAUCAGCGACCAUCCAUCGUCGUCAUCAUCAUCAUCAUCAUCAUCAUCAUCAUCAUCAUCAUCAUCCAUUACGCCACUUUCUGCUUCACUCACUCAGCUCCUUGACCUUUCAAUCCUAUUUGUUUAGGGUUUUUAUUUCUCGCCUGAAUUCCAAGCUCUGUGUGGGGAUAAUCAAUGGCGACGAUGUCGUUCGGAGCUGCGAACACGGCGGUGUUGAAGGAGCCGAAGAUUCAGAUUGGAGGCUUUCAUGGCCUCAAGUCCGCGAACUCUUUGGCACUCACCACUCGCCCUGUGCAUGUCUUCUGGUCUUCUUCUUCUCCCGCUCGUUCGCUCGUUAGAGCCGUUUCUACGCCGGCGAAACCGGAGACUGUUGCAGAGCGAAAGCGUAGUAAGGUUGAAAUAUUCAAAGAACAAAGUAAUUUCAUAAGAUAUCCUCUUGACGAGGAGAUAUUAACAGAUGCCCCUAACAUAAACGAGGCUGCUACACAAUUGAUCAAGUUCCAUGGGAGUUAUCAACAGUAUAAUAGAGAUGACCGUGGUCCAAAAUCCUACUCAUUUAUGCUUCGCACGAAAAAUCCUUGUGGGAAAGUGUCAAACCAACUUUACUUGACGAUGAAUGAUCUCGCCGAUCAGUUUGGUAUUGGGACGCUUAGGUUAACAACCAGACAGACAUUUCAGCUACAUGGUGUUCUGAAGAAGGACCUCAAAAUGGUAAUGAGUACCAUCAUUAAAAACAUGGGUUCGACUCUUGGUGCCUGCGGUGAUCUCAACAGGAAUGUGCUUGCUCCUGCUGCUCCACUUGUGAGAAAAGAUUAUCUCUUUGCACAGCAAACUGCGGAGAACAUUGCAGCAUUGUUGACUCCUCAGUCUGGUUUCUACUACGACGUGUGGUUGGAUGGAGAACAGGUCAUGACGGCUGAACCUCCUGAAGUUACGAAGGCUCGUAACGAUAAUUCGCACGGGACCAAUUUCCCUGAUUUGCCUGAGCCCAUUUAUGGAACACAGUUCUUGCCCAGGAAAUUCAAAAUUGCAGUUACUGUGCCAACAGACAACUCGGUGGAUCUUCUGACGAAUGACAUUGGUGUUGUUGUUGUGACUGAUGAUGAUGGGGAGCCUCAAGGAUACAAUAUAUAUGUUGGUGGUGGUAUGGGAAGAACACAUAGGUUGGAGACCACUUUUCCCCGUCUUGCAGAACCAUUGGGUUUUGUGCCCAAAGAGGAUAUUUUAUAUGCAGUGAAGGCUAUUGUUGUUACACAAAGAGAAAAUGGGAGAAGAGAUGAUCGUAAAUACAGCAGAAUGAAGUAUUUAAUCAGCUCUUGGGGGAUCAAGAAGUUUAGAAGUGUUGUUGAGCAAUAUUAUGGAAAGAAGUUUGAGCCUACACAUGAGUUACCGGAGUGGGAAUUCAAAAGCUACUUAGGAUGGCAUGAACAGGGUGAUGGCCAUUUAUUUUGUGGACUCCAUGUUGAUAAUGGCCGUAUUGGGGGAAAGAAGAAGAAGGCAUUAAGGGAGGUCAUUGAGAAGUAUGGUUUGAGCGUGCGCCUAACACCAAACCAGAACAUAAUCUUGUGUGAUAUUCGUAAUGCAUGGAAGCGUCCCAUCACUACAACACUUGCACAGGCUGGUCUAUUGACUCCUAGGUAUGUAGAUCCUCUCAAUGUAACUGCAAUGGCAUGCCCAGCCUUGCCGCUUUGCCCAUUGGCAAUAGCUGAAGCAGAGCGAGGAACACCAGACAUUCUUAAGCGUGUUCGAGUUGCGUUUGAGAAGGUUGGUCUGAAGUACAAAGAAUCUGUAGUCAUAAGGGUAACUGGCUGUCCUAAUGGUUGCGCCAGGCCAUACAUGGCUGAACUUGGUCUAGUUGGGGAUGGUCCCAACAGCUAUCAGAUUUGGCUUGGAGGAACACCCAAUCAAACCUCACUAGCAAGAGCCUUCCUGAACAAGGUUAAGAUCCAGGAUCUUGAAAAGGUUUUGGAACCACUGUUUUAUCACUGGAAACGGAAAAGACAAUCUAAUGAAUCAUUCGGCGAUUUCACAAACCGCGUGGGAUUUGAGACUCUUCAAGAAUUGGUUGACAAAUGGGAGGGUCCAGUGGUGGCUGCAUCGCGCCAUAACCUGAAGCUAUUUGCUGACAAGGAGACAUACGAAGCCAUGGAUAAACUAGCAAGACAGCAGAAUAAGAGCGCGCAUCAGCUAGCCAUCGAAGUCGUUCGCAAUUUUGUAGCUUCCCAACCAAACGGGAAAGGUGAAUGAGCAAUUUACAGUCCUAAGAGCUAAGGUGAACGAGGAAUAAUAGCUCCAAUUCUCUCUACAAGCUGUUAUCAUUCAGUAACAGCUAGAAGGGUUUACGUACUAAAUUAGAUAUCGUUUUGUACCGAGGGUUGCCCCUCAUUGUUAAUUAGUUAUUGUUGACCUGGAUUGUAAAAUGUUGAGUUUUGGUGUUUGUAUCCCUACUCAAGAGUUGUUUUAAUCUAUUCCGGAUCUAUCAUUUUUGUAAUCAGAUUUCAGUUUCGGCUGCAUUUUGA